UAAAACAAACAGGAAAUGGAUAGCAGAACUCCGAGAGUGAGGAGCAAGGAGACGGACAGAGACCAGCAUCAGGGAGGAGAAGUCAGGAGAACCGCAGAACCCAGAGGAACCCGGAGGAACCCAGGGGAACCCAGAGGAACCCGGAGGAACCCAGGGGAACCCAGAGGAAUCCGGAGGAACCCAGAGGAACCCGGAGGAACCCAGAGGAACCCGGAGGAACUGGACACACAGAACACACAGAGAGCAGCUGACCUGAGGCUCCUCCCUCCCCGGCCCCCCUCCCCCAGCUCCCUCAUCAUGCCCGUCCUCAAGAACCUCCCAGUGCGCCUGAAAGGCGGCGGUCUGACUCUCGACAACGCUUGGAUCCUUCGCAGGAUGAGCCUCAAUAUCACCCCCCAGCACCACCACCACAACCCCUUCGACAACAACGACGACGACGCCGACCAUGGCGACCACUGGUCGCCCGGCAGCUCGCUCCUGGACGGCGACGUGCCGAGGGACCGCAACCCGUUCGAGGACGAGGAGGACGAAAACGAGGCCAACGAGGGGAAGAAGGGAAGCGGAGGAGGAGGAGGCGGCUCGGCGAAGAGUUCCUUCAAGUUCAAGUCUCCGCUGAAGAGUCUGGGGAAGCUGGGGAAGAGCCUGAGGGCGUCGGGGAGGAGCAAAGGAAGUGCAACCCCCUCCCCACAGGGGUCGCUGCAGGGAACGCCAUCACCAGCAGAGAAGAAGAAGAGAGGGAGGAGGAGCUCUGAGGGGAGUCUGCUCAGGUUUGCGGGGAAAUACCGCGACACCCUCAGCUCCUACAAAGAGUCGUUCACCAACGGCGAGCCCAACUGCUCGGAGAGCGAGUGCGACUCCACCAGCCGCCGCCUGUCCUUCAUGAAGAUGGUCGGUCUGGGGAAGCUGAAGAGGGAGUCGAUGGCCGACCACUCGUCUCAGGGCCCCGAGGAGCAGCCGGUGCCGGAGGAGGAGGUGGUGGAGGAGGUGAAGCCCCGAGAGCCGCUGUCAGUGCUGGAGAUCCUGCAGCUGGUGAAGAGGCGCGACCUGCUCCUCGCCGACUCCCACAUCCUGGAGUUGGAGCAGGAGUGCACCGAGCAUGGUGGCACGCCGCAGCCGGAGGACGCCGCCGCCGGACCGGGCCUGAAGGACGGCGGGCGCAGGAAGGCGAAAGACGUGGAGCUGCUGUACGAGGAGCUGCAGAAGGAGCUGUGGGCCGUGGUCCGGGAGUCUCUGAGGGCCCCCACAGCCGGGCCCAACCUGGGCCUGGUGGUGCAGGUGCUGCAGCAGGAGGAGCAGGCUGAUAGGGACUGGGCCCUCGGCCUGGAGGGCGCAGCCCCCGGGGGCCCGAGGCCCCGUCGGCUGAAGCAGCGGUGGCGCGAGGCGGUGGAGGAGGCGGCCGACGGCUCUCUGCCCCAGAGGGCGGAGUUCACGGCCGGGGAGCUGGACGGGUACCUGGGCCGGCUCCGGGCCCGGACGGUGGAGGACCUGGGCGCCGCCAACAGGAACGUGGUGUCCAUCUACCCCGAGGGGUACCAGGCCUUCCAGGUGUAUGUGCAGAGUUACCACCAGGCGGUUGCCAGGCGACUGGGCUCCAUCACCGACAACCAGCUGGAGAUCACGGACAUCUACUCGCUGCUCGACUGGCUGCACAACAUCUACGACAGGGACGUUCUGGGCACCGUGUGCAUCACGAGUCCGUUCAGUCGCUUGCAGCUGGAGCCUCUGCUGCCGCCGGACACCGUGGAGCGACUGGAGCUGGACUGUCUCAACUCCGUCAGGGCGAAGGUGACCACAGAGCUGAGUCAGGUCCUGGACGAGGAGGAGCAGCGAUGGAUGGAGACGCUUCACAUCGAGGAGUUUCACAUCACUCUGGCCAAGACCGUCAUACAGAGGCUGCAGGUGGAUCUGGAGCGUUCGGCCUCCAUCAACCGCAGUCUGGGCUCCAGAGUGGCUCAGUGCAGCCUCAACGGGCUGGCCGACUUCCUCUACAGUUUCCAGCGUAAAGUGGAGAUGUUCCACGAGGGGAUGCAGAGCGGAAUGUUCGGUGACAACGAGGACGGAUACGUGUCCAAAACCAUCGCCCUGGUCAACUGCUGCCCCCCGCUGAGAGGUUUCGUGCAGCGUUGUGCUCAAUGUGAUCCGUCGGUCAGUGAAGAUUCUCUGCGUCGAGCCAACAAAGCUCUGGAUCACAUCGUGCAGCAGGGAGUCAGAGUCCUGUCGGAACGUCUGUACCUGCAGAUCAGGCCGUUCUUUGAGCGGCUGGUGAAGAGGAAGUGGCUCAGCAACACGGAGCCGUUGGAGCAGGUCGAGUCGCUCGUCAAAGAUCACUUCAAGAAGUUCCACAGGAUGGACAGUCCUCCGUACCAGCUGCUGGUGGCGGAGGUCCACCGCCGCGUCGUCAUGGAGUACCUUCGCUCGGUCAUGCGAGGCAGAAUCAUCUGCACCUCCAUGAAGAUGAGGAAGAGGAUGGCCGGCCGCCUCAGGGAUGAAGGCAAACAGAUCAAAGUUCUCUUCAAAGACCUGGAGUCUCCAGCCAGCUGGUUGGACAGCGCCCUGUCUCACAUCUCAGAGAUCAUCCAGCUGGAGGAUGUCCCGUCCAUCCAGAUGGAGGUGGGAGUUCUGGUCAGAGAGUUUCCAGACGUCAGGAAGAAGCAUGUGUCGGCCAUUUUGAACAUCCGGGGGAUGACGCGGCAGGCGGAGCGUCAGGAGAUCCUCAACAUUGUCAAGGACAUCGAGAGCUGCGACGGCGGCAGCAGCUCGGCGCGGCUGUCCCGUGACCACGCCCUCUUCUCCGAGGUGCCCGUCACCUCCGAGGUCCACUGCCUGAACCUGGGCCUGAGCCGCAUCGCGCUCACCGCCUCGUCCUGCUUCACGGCGCUGCGACCACGCCGACGCAAAACCCGAACACCCGUCCAGGAAAACCCUGACGACGUCCUCUGAGACGAGGCAGGAAGUGCCAGUUCCUCCACGAAGCAUCCCGACCGUGGAACGUUCCAAUGGUUCCUACAGGUGGUUCUAGUAUUAAUUUGACUCCAUAAAGAGUCUUGAUCAUCAUCCACUAAACCAUCACUGAGUAAAUCUGUCCAUCGUGCUGCUGCCGUCGCUACGUCACCAGAAAUAUGUUCAUCACGUCAAAGAAAAGACGAGAGGAAAACGGUUAAACGGUCCAGAUCGCAGGAGACUCUUGACAUGUUUGCUUUGUGGAAUCCUGAUGAAAAUAAUCUGCGCUGAACAAAACAAAAGGACAAAGAGAUGAUUGAUGAUGAGGAUGAUGGUGAUGGUGAUGAUGAUGAUGAUUUAAGGACAUUACAGCGAAGGACUGAGGACGAAACCAGACUGAAAAGUCCUCUGUCAGACGGUUCACUUCUCAAAUGAUUUGACAUUAUUGAAAUCAGAAGAUUCUGGAAGCUUCUUCGGUUCAAAAUGUUAAUAUCAGGAUGGAAAAUCAUCUAAAAUCAUUUAUCAGUUAUAUAUAAGAUUCUGUGUUUGAGGCCUGGUUACGUCAGAAGAAUGUCAAAACUAAGUUCAUACUUUGUUCUCGUAAUGGAAGCUCGGUUUCAGAGAGACUGUUAUUUAGACGUAGCGCCUGGGGCCAAUAUUCAGUGACGGGCUCAUGUUAGCAGUGACGUAGCGACUGCGGCUAAUGAUAGCAGUGACGUAGCGACUGCGGCUAAUGUUAUUCAGUGACAUAGCGACUGGGGCUCAUGUAAUUCAGUGACAUAGCGACUGUGGCUCAUGUUAUUUGGUGACAUAGCGACUGUGGCUCAUGUUAUUUGGUGACAUAGCGACUGUGGCUCAUGUUAUUCAGUGACAUAGCGACUGUGGCUCAUGUUAUUCAGUGACAUAGCGACUGUGGCUCAUGUUAUUCAGUGACAUAGCGACUGUGGCUCAUGUUAUUCAGUGACAUAGCGACUGUGGCUCAUGUUAUUCAGUGACAUAGCGACUGUGGCUCAUGUUAUUCAGUGACAUAGCGACUGUGGCUCAUGUUAUUCAGUGACAUAGCGACUGUGGCUCAUGUUAUUCAGUGACAUAGUGACUGUGGCUCAUGUUAUUCAGUGACAUAGCGACUGUGGCUCAUGUUAUUUGGUGACAUAGCGACUGUGGCUCAUGUUAUUCAGUGACAUAGCGACUGUGGCUCAUGUUAUUCAGUGACAUAGCGACUGUGGCUCAUGUUAUUCAGUGACAUAGUGACUGUGGCUCAUGUUAUUCAGUGACAUAGCGACUGUGGCUCAUGUUAUUUGGUUUACUUUUGGUCAAAGAUGAAAGUUUCGCCCCGGAUUUUUCAGAAAAACCAAAGAAACAAAUAGCUCCAAUGCUACGUGUUGCUAAAAACAGCAAUAUCUAAUGAAAAAAACACAAAAGACUGGGAACAUAUUGGGACUUUAGGCUAUUGUUAAUUAGCUCUCCAAGCUAGCUUGUUGCUAGCUGGUAAUCUAAGGAAAAAACAAAGCGUGAAUUGUUCAGGUGUUACUGGGCAGAUAAAAAUGAAUCUGAGCAAACUGUUCGCUUCUCCAACAAGCUAGCGCCACCGGCACUCAGAGGAACGUCAGCCAUGUUGUGUUUUUCUCAGAACAUUUCUAACAAAGGAUGAUCACAAACAACAUGACGUCAUGAUGCCACUUCAUGGAACCGGAUCAGACGUCAGUGAUCUGACACGAUUAGAUCAUUGAUCCUGAGUCAUGGAGUGACUUCUGCCGAUCAGACGUAUUGAUCCCUGUCAUGUGUUUCCACUUCCUGUGUAGUAAAUCUCCUGCACCCUUUGAUUUUUCUUCACGUGAUUUCAGAUUUGAUUUGUUGUUGUUGGUGUCUUUUAAUAUACGAGUUGUGUUCCGCUUCGUCGCUGUUUGAUUUCACAACGUUGUCCUGCACAUUUCUGGACUUUGAGCUGAAAGGCACUUUAAAGUGGAUGGAUGGAGGAGGAGGGGUGGACUCUGGACUGAAGUGCAUUCUGGGACAAAGACCAGAACGUGAGGACUGAAUCACUCGGAUCAAUAAAGUGAAACCGGGACCCGGAGAGAACCGGUCGCUGGAUGAACUCAAGGAUCGGUUCUGGUUCUUUUCAGCACCUGGAGAUGCUUCAUGACAAAAAACUGCUCAUCUGUAGUUUUAUUGUUGCACAUGGUAAAAGAGAUUUUAAUCAAAGGUACUAGACAAAGAUGUGAGUCUCUAUCAGCUGAUUGUGUAUUUAAUUCAGUGAUUAUAGUCGGAGCUGUUUGGGGUGAUGAGGUUUAUUAUAUUUGUGGGGUUCAGAGAUUAUUAUUAUUAUUAUUUCUUUCUGUUGGUGGAAUAAUAACCUUUUCCUGCAGAAUAUCUGCUGUUGAUUCAGAGUUAUGAGAGGGAGGUCUCACUCUGUUGGCCUUCAGGGGACAGAACGACAGAUUCAUCAGACAAACGCCUUCUCACGUUUUAAAGUUUCCUCACAUUCGUGUGUUUCAGCUCACAAACGGUUCCUCUGAUAUCUUUUAGCUGGUCGUCGUCCUUCCAGUCCGUCACUCGCCAGAAACAUUAGCUGUUUGGUGUAUUCAGGGACGCCUCUGACAUUUGAGGAUCUCCUUUCACCACAAACACUUCUUCUGAGUGUCUGUCCUUCACGUCUCUCAUGUAAAUGUGGAUGUAUGAAAUUAAUCUUUGUGUUCAGAGAAUAAAACACAUCACGUCACUCAUA